UCUCCCUCUUUUCUUACCCCCAUCACCCACUCUUUCUCUCUCUAUUUUUCUCUCUCUAGAAACUCCUAAAAGAAAACAAGAAACUCCAUUAAAAUGGAAUCUCAAGUUUCAUCCAUGAGAAGGCCUUGUUUCAGAGCAGAAGAUGAUGGUUUAGCUUCAAUUGCUGGAUUUUCUGGAAAUAAUAACAACAACAACAAUAAUAAUAAUAACAGUAUAAAUCAUGGGUACCCUUUAAAUCAUCAAAAUCAAGCUUUUUUAUGCUACAAUGGUGGUGGAGGUGCUGGUAUUAUGAUGAGAAGAAGAAAUAGUUUAAGAAAUAUUCAUUCUCUCUCUCCUACUUCUUCUCCUUCUUCCUCUGUUUUUUCUCCUAGAUCUGCUCGUCUUCUAGAUUCUUCUACUAGAUUCGAUGAACUUCACUCCCCUCAUUUCUUAGAAUCUUGCUCCCUCUGCAAAAAACCCCUUGGUGGUAACCGCGAUAUUUUCAUGUACAGAGGUGAUACACCAUUUUGUAGCGAAGAGUGCAGACAAGAGCAGAUAGAUAUUGAUGAAACAAAAGAGAAGAAGAGGAAUUUGAAGGUUUUAAGAAGCAAAAAAGAUUCAACAAAAUCAGGAUCAUCUACAUCUUCAACUUCUUCACCUAGUAAAAACCAAAACUACCCUUUUCGAACAGGAACUGUUGCUGCUGCGUAGUAUUAAUGGGGAAAAAAUAUGGAGAUAUUAUUGAAGAACAGAGGAAGAAAAGAAGAGAUCAUAUUGUUAUAUAAAAAGUAAAGAAAUGAGAGGUUUUUUUUUCUUGUUUUUCCAGAAAAAAUGGAAAAAAAUAAAAAAAAGGGAAAAAAAGAGGAGAGAGAGAGAGAGGAAGACAGAGCUCAUGAGAGUGUUGUGCAAGAUGAAGAAAAAGAUGAUAUAUUGAAAUGAUAUGUUGUGCAUAUGGGUUGAAGAUGGUGAUUUUUGGGGUUUUUUUAGAUGGAAAAUUACUCUAUGAAUGGCUCUUUUUUUACUUACCCAGAAAAAAAGGGGUUUAGAGAAGUAGUAAAUUUUUUGCCUCUUGUAAUUUUUCUCUAGUUUUUGAUAUUAUAAUAUGAAUAUCAGGAUGUGAUAUUUGUUAUAAAGAUGAUGUUUACCACUUUACAAAGGAAUGGAGUAAUGAGAAUCAUACUAUGGAAAAAGUAAUUUUUUUUAUGUAA